AUGCACAUGUCUUUCUUUAAUCGCCAGGACACAAGACGUUCCUCUUCAGUGAUUUUGAAUGAAAUUGCUGGACCAACGGUACGUCCCAAAACCAUUGUAUCUGAGCAGCACCUCAGACGAUUGAUUGAAAUUGGUCUGACUGUACCUUGCAUUUCAAAACUGCUUGGCAUGUCAACACAAACCAUAGAACGCAGAAUGCAAGAGUUUGGCAAAUCAGUGAAAGGAACAUACAGUCAAUUGACUGACGAAGAGUUAGACAAUCUUGUGGUUGCAAUCAAAACAACAUCACCACACUCAGGCUACAGAAUGAUGAGAGGACACUUGAAAGCUCUUGGUCAUCGAGUCCAGUGGAGCAGAGUCUGCGACUCUAUGAAUAGAGUUGAUUCAGCCGGAGUCCUUGCUAGAAUGUCACAACUUGGACAUGUUGUGAGAAGAUCAUAUUCAGUCCAGGCCCUUCUGUCCGUCAUGCAUUUGGACACCAACCACAAGCUGAUCACAUAUGACUUAGUAAUAUUUGGGGGCAUAGAUGGCUACUCAAAAAGGUUAGACAUGUAUCUGGGGGCUGCAACCAACAACAAAGCAGAGACUGCUCUAGGUUUCUUCCUCGAGGCAGUAGAAAAGCAUGGAGUUCCUUCACGGGUAAGAACAGACCAAGUUGUAGAAAAUGUGGUCAUUGCAAGGUGGAUGUUCACUGAUAAUCAAAGAGACCUAGAUAUUUUCACUGAUGCAUGGAAUGACCAUUCCAUCCGUACAGAGCAAAAUCUUUCCCCCAAUCAGCUGUGGGAAAUAGGACUUGUACAGAAUCCAGUCAAUGUUUCAUGUGACAUGGAGGACCUCAACAUUUUGGUGCAAGAUGGCACUUACCCACUGGAGGAGCAGAACACUGGAGUAGUGGUCCCUCAGGUGGAGAGUCUGCUCUCGGAGUAUGAAAUAGCUCGACUCAGGACAACCAUUAAUCCAGUCUCACAGUCCAGAGACUUUGGCCAAGAUAUUUACUUAUCAGUGUUACAUUUUGUGCAGCUGCUUCUUGAAUAA